AUGUGGAUUUGGAAAUCUACUCAACAUUGUUCCGUACUCGGUGGACUGCAAGUUCAUUCUUGCUUUGAUGAGGGUGAAAGAACUAGAGCCAGUGAUAACAAUCUGCUCGGUUCUUUUACUCUUUCAGGUAUUCCUCCUUCACCUCGCGGCUAUAGUUUCAAUGUAUGUUUUGCUAUAGAUGAAAAUGGUAUUUUGACUGUUUCUGCUACGGAUAACUCCACCGGCAAUAUGAAUGAGAUUACCAUAAACCACUACAAAGAAAGUUUAUCUACUAAAAAAAUUAAAAAAGCGCUUGAAGAAGGUGAGAAGUACAAGGUGGAAGAUGAGAAAUUUUUAAGAAAGGCCAGUGUAAUGAAUGCAUUAGAUUUAAGUGUUUAUAAUAUGAAGAAUGCUUUAAAGAGUGAUGAUAAUUUAAAGCUGACCCCUCAAGAAAGUGAGAAGAUCAACGAUGCAAUCACUAUGGGCAUGAAUUUGCUUGAUGGGAAUAGCAGAGAGAAAGAUAUUGGUUUUCUUGAGGGUCAUCAGAAGAAGCUGGACAACCUGUUGAAACUUAUUAAAGCCAAAACCAGCAAUGAGAAUAACCAUAAAUUUUCUUUAUUUAGAUAUUCUUUUUGGUGA